AUGGAACCUUCGGUAAACUUCCCAGUAUUUCAACCUAUCAAUGUUAACCGCAAAGUUUAUUCCAAAGGAUUCGUAGGAGACGGAUCAACUGGGAUUCAAUGUGUUCGUUUUGACCCUCUAGACCGAUUUUUAGCUGCUGGCUGCGAAGAUGGAACAAUUAGAAUUUUCAGCAUGAGGAACUCCAAGCUUGUCUAUAUGCUGAACCAGCAAAGAAGAGAAACUCAAGGAAACGAAGAAGAAAAAGUGACAUCAACUUGCAUUAGAUGGAGGCCUACAACAAGUUCAUCCAAAACAAAAAAUGUUUUAAUCUCAGUCCAUGCUGAUGGAAGUGUACAACAUUGGCAUGUUACUUCCGGAAAAUCUCUUCAUAGACUAUAUUCAGCGAAUAACCCUUUGUAUUGUGCAGAUUUCGCACCUGAUGGGACUAAAUUUGCAACUGCUGGGAGAGAUUUAAUAGUAAGAGUGUAUGAUGAAACCACUAAACAAGCAGUAGUAGAAUUUCAGCCUGGAGGGUCUGGAUCUCCUGGGCACUCCAAUCGUAUUUUCUCAGUUAAAUUUUACUCCCAAGACCCUAAUAUUCUUAUUAGUGGAGGAUGGGACAAUACAAUUCAAGUUUGGGACAUCAGAGAAGGAUGUGCUGUAAGAGCCAUUUUUGGUCCUCAUGUCUGUGGAGAUACGUUAGAUAUCAAAGAUGGAGUUAUCUUAGCAGGAAGCUGGAGAGAAAGAGAACAGUUGCAAAACUUUUACUUAGGAAGUGGAGAAUGCAUAUGCACAAUUGACUGGGAUGGAGGUGUUGGGAUUAGAAGAUCAGCUGAGCCUUGCAAGCUUUAUUCAGCACAAUAUUCAAAGCAUGACGAGGGAGAAAUGAUUCUUGCUGGAGGCAGUAAUGAAGCAAGAUUCUUUGAUACGAUGAACUAUAAUAAGCCAUUUGCCGCUGUCAUGGAUUUACCGAAUUCGGUGUUCUCAACAGAUUUUUCAUAUAGCGGAGAUAUGGCUGCCAUUGGCUGCUCAGAUGGUUAUGCACGGCUGGUGACAAUUACCAAGACAGUAUAA